AUGCUUUUAGUACAGAAGUUUAGUAAGAAGAAGAAUGCCCUCUGUAAAGAUGGGCUCGAGAGUAACACGCCUGAUCAGAAACUUUAAUGUAGAGAAUCGCGCUCACCAAGAAAUAAGCAAGGCAAAACCUAAAGCUGCACCACGACAUCCAUCAUCGAGCAGUUUUCCACAAGAAGACAUUCCGGCCACCAGCAUUUCAGAAGAGAUUCGCCAGAGGAAUGAUCCACUGCUGUCAAUGCUCAAGGACGUUUAUGUGGAGUCUAAAGAUCCUGUUUCUCAGGGUGAAGCAGGUCCUGUGGUUAAGAAGGUCGAGCAGGAGACGCCGCGCAGGGCGCUGAAGUACAGUCUGCCGGGAGACACCUAUGGUUUCUUUGAUGUCACUGAUGUUCCGAAAGGAAAACUGUCGCUUGUGGAAGCUUUAACUGCCCUGAACAAUCACAAACGCAUGCCUAAAACAUGGACUCCAGAGAAGCUGGCACAGGAGUACUCUCUGGACCCAAAAGAUGCCAAAGCACUGACAGAUUUCUUUUUUCCUUUUGAUGUCAAAAUCAUUCCACCAAAAAUAGAGGACACUAAGCAGAUUAAGGAUUCUUAGCACAUAUGAACACUCGAGCCGUCUCUGAAACACGCACAGCAUCAGAAUACAAGUGUUUUGACAUGUCGAUUGUAGUGUGUUUGUAUUAAUUGUUUUUGAAGGGCCUGUCAUAACUAUUUAUUCAUCUGUCGUCUCAUUUAAAGCAUGGCAUAUCCUGACAUUUAUUUUAUUAAUAAGUUAACCAAAAUAUAAAUAUUAAUGGACUAGAAGGGAAAACUUGUUAAAUCAGAUAAAUUCCCAGUAUAAAACAGUACAGAUUAUAAUUCUCAGUUAAUAUGUUGACUCAGAAAUGCUGCAUUAUAUUUGUGUGAACAUUGCAGCCUCAAGCAAUGCAUCUGUUUUCACUGACAAUAAACCAGUCGCCCAUGCAUUUUGA